AGGUACCACUCACACUUGACACACUAUACUGCUCUACGGUAGGCAUAGGCGGUACCAGAGAUCUAGGCUUGGUAAAGAAAGAGCGAAAUAAGCUGCUGCCACUGGAGCUGAACCCGUACCAACCCACCUCCCUUCUCUCACCAGCUCGGAUCUGUUGUCCGGCAUGCCCCGGCGCGACCUCGUUCGUAUAGUCCUCGUCGGUGACGAUGGAGUUGGCAAGUCGUCCAUCAUCACUUCACUCAUCAAAGAGUCCUUUGUCUCUAACGUACCUCAUGUCGUCCCGGAAGUGACAAUACCUCCAGAGGUCACUCCGGAGAAUGUUACAACAUCUAUCGUAGAUACUUCAGCUAAUCCACGCUCACGUCCACAUCUUCUUUCUCAACUCACUAGAGCUCAUGUCAUUUGUCUCGUCUAUAGCAUAUCCGAGCCCAGCUCUUUCGACCGCGUGGCAGAAUUCUGGUUACCUUUAUUCAGACGAGAAGGAAUCAACGUCCCUGUGAUCUUGGUCGGGAAUAAGAUUGACCUUCGAGGUGGGACAGUCACCAAUCAAGGGUUAGAAGAUGAGAUCGCACCAAUCAUGAGGGAGUUCAAGGAAGUGGAAACAGCCGUUGAAUGUUCAGCUUUAUUACCUCUCAACGUAUCAGAGGUCUUUUACUUUGCUCAAAAGGCUGUACUGCAUCCCACAGCUCCGUUAUACGACUCACGGGAACAUACUCUCAAGCCCAAAUGUUUGGAUGCUCUGAAACGUAUCUUCAAGAUAUCCGACAUUGAUAAAGACGGUCUUCUUAAUGCUGUCGAGCUGAACCAAUUCCAGCAAAAAUGUUUUUCUGCUCCGCUUCAAUCCCAGGAGCUUGAGGGAAUCCUUGACCUCGUCCGAUCUUAUGACACUUCCCUCGUUCGUCCCAUUCCCGCUUUUUCCGCCCCAUCAACACCCCUACCUCGAGACGCAAGCUAUGGUCAGCUCGGUGCGACACAUUCUCCAAAUUUAUCUUUGUCCCCAAGUGGGGAAGGAAUCACUGAGCUUGGGUUUUUAUACCUACACACCAUCUUUAUUCAACAAGGAAGGAUGGAAACGACUUGGACGGUUUUGCGGAAAUUCGGCUAUGGCGAGGGAUUGGAUUUGAGAGAAGAUUUCUUGACACCUCGUUUUGACGUACCAUAUGACUGUUCGGUCGAGUUAUCGCCAUUGGGUAAUCAAUUCCUCACGGACAUAUUCGAAUCAUACGACAAGGAUCAAGAUGGAGCUUUAAGUCAGUCAGAACUGGAUGACCUGUUCUCGACUUCGCCUGGAAAUCCAUGGCUGGCACAAGGGUUUCCGGACACGACCAUCACGGAUGAUCUGGGCAGGGUGACAUUACAGGGAUGGCUAGCUCAAUGGAGUAUGACAACAUUACUGGACCAUCGAACAACACUCAAUUAUCUAGCUUACCUCGGCUAUUCCUCUUCCCCAGCCACCGAUCUACCCUCUUCUUCAGCCCUUCAAGUGACCCGACCGCGUAAACAAGAUCGUCGACAACGCAAAGUCACUCGGAACGUGUUCCUGUGUUAUGUUCUUGGCGCUACAGGCAGUGGGAAAACGAGUCUUUUGAGGUCAUUCGUGAACAAAGGGUUUGGAGGUGGGGAGGAUGGAGUGGGAGGUUAUGAGCCUACGACGCGGGUUUUGAGUGUUGUGAACAGUGUGGAAAUGGAAGGUGUGGAAAAGUAUUUGGUGUUGCAGGAAUUCGGCAGUAAAUACGAAUCUGAAACUCUUCGAAACUCCAAAAAGCUCGACAUGGCAGAUAUAAUAAUAUACGUUCAUGAUUCCUCCGACACGAAUUCUUUUUCCUACAUCUCCAACUUACGACAACAAUACUCUUUAGAUCAUAUUCCUGCUUUGUUCGUAGCUACAAAAUCCGAUCUUGACCUGGCGCAGCAGAGACAUGAAGUACAACCUGAUGUGUACUGUCGGAGACUAGGUUUACCGGCUCCAAUGGCUGUUAGUGCGAGAUUGGGUCCGAUGAUUAAUUUAUGGGUGGCUAUCACACGAGUAGCGUUGAAUCCAAACUCUUCAAUAGCUCGCGGUCCCUCUUCCUCUAUAUCCCCCGCUCAACGAGUUCGUCUCAUAGCAGCCGCGACUAUCUCCGCCACGACCCUCACUGCUAUCGUGGGUGUCUGGAUGCGGUAUCAAGGUUAUACAUGGAGAGGUCUUUGGGGAUGGUUUGGUAGAGUGGGACUAUUUGGUUCGAAAAGUCCCUAACUCCUUCAUCUCGCCCUCCUGGAGACUCGAUGUCGGAUCGAUUGGAGCGUCAUCAGAGUGAAUUCGAAUAGAGAGAGAUUUUGCAUGUAGAGGUAAUGUUGUACGACAUCUUGCAUAAUCUUCAAAUGCAUUGCAUCAAUUGGG